AUGUUACCAUCAUCAUUAUAUAUUGUUAUUGUUUCAAGUUUUCUAAUUUUUCAGAUAGAAUGGCAAGGAGAUGCCGGAGGAAUAUCAAUAAAUGGCGUAAAUUACAACCUAGUUCAUUCUCAUUGGCAUUUUCCCUCUGAGCAUACUAUUGAUGGGAAAAGGUUUGAUGCCGAACUACAUUUGGUUCAUAGCAGCGAAAAGGAAGAACUGGCAGUUAUGGCCAGCCUUUACACCAUUGGACAACCUGAUCCCCUAAUUCAAAGCCUGGCAGACAAGAUGAAGGGGCUUACUGAUACCAAAGGGAUUGAUGUAGGGACAAUAAGUGCAAGUAAUAUAAAGUGUGGGGGCACAAAGUAUUUCAGAUAUAUCGGUUCGCUUACAACUCCUCCAUGUACGGAGGGUGUCACUUGGACAAUCGCAGAAAAGGCGAAAACAAUUUCACAAGACCAAAUCCAAAUGAUUAAAGAAGAUCUCGAACGUGAAUUUCAAGAAAAUUCAAGGCCAAUUCAGUUAUCCGGAGAAAGGUCAAUUUUGCAAUUUGAUUUACCUAGCGAACAAUAAGAAGAAUGGUCAACUCAUGGAUAACAUUUUAUAUGUAAAAGUUAAAAUUUG